CUCUGCAGGCAGCAAACAGCUCUUCUGCUCAUGGACUGGAGCUUUUCUAUGGACACGUUGGAGGAGACGUCACCAUGAAGUGCAGCUUCUCCACAUCUGGAAGGAGGGAGGUGAAGUCAUUCUGCAGAGAAAACUGUGAUGGAGAAAACAAGCUCAUCCAGACAAACUCCAAUCCGGCUGAACGGGGACGAUACAGGAUCCAUUACAAUGAACAGGUUCUGCCGGUGAGCAUCACAGGUCUGACCCGGUCGGACUCAGGACGCUACCGCUGUGCUGUGGGCAGAGUUUCACACACAGAUGUGGAGCUGGUUGUAGCUGAAGCUCUGCUGGAAAAAAGCCAACAAGAACCCUUCAACAUAGAAGCUGGAAGCUCUCUGACAGUCGGAUGCAGCUUUCAAGUAUCUGGAAGCAAGAUAUUGUUCUGCAGAGGAGACUGUUCGAACGGAGGAAAGAUUCUUGUCCAGACAGAUGGUGUCAGAGCUGAAAAGGGCAGAUACAGGAUUGGAUUUGUGGAUGGAAAGUAUUUAGGAGGAUAUCUGUAUGUGAGCAUCACACAGCUGACCCAGUCUGACUCAGGACGGUACAGAUGUUAUAUGGACAGGAUUGGACCUGAUGGAUCCACAGAAUUUAGCAUCCAGGUCUCAGCU